AUGACCGAUCACAGCAACAACAGUCAGAUUGGCGAAGCUGGUCUUCACCAUCUACCCUUUCGCGCAAAAGAAGGUCGUCAUAGCGAUGCACCGCUUUCUAAAUUCCCUAUUCUUAAUAGACGACAUGGAAAGAAGGUCCCAGAGAGCCUUCAUUUUAAUCCAGGCGCGUUUCGUCUUCGCUCGCCUACAGAGUCAUCCAUGAGCAGUGUCUCUUCUGCAAAUGUCCCUGAUUCGGCGACUACUCAUUCCCUUUCUACCUUGGCGAGUCCGAUAAGUACUACGUAUGCUAGUUCCAUCAAUGAACAGUUUGCUGCUACAACGCUUGAUGGAGGAUCAAGACCUGCGAGUCGCAUUUGUCAUCGACAUAAUCCUUCGAAUGGGACUUGUUCGACUUUUGUGAAUGAGGAUGAAGAUGCUAUUAUCACAGGUUAUCCCGAGUUUGACAUUAAGAUUCGUGGCAUUGAUGAGCUCCAAAGACAACCUGUCCAGGAAUUUCGACCUGCGAGUCGUAGCACCGAGUCCUUCAUCAAGGAGGAAAGGGUUCUCACGCCGACAGAGUCCAGUCACACAGACGACAUUCCAGACGGUGAUGACAAUGAAGAAGAGUCCGAAGAUGUCACCACCGAGGAUGCCAACCUAGUCCUCAACUACGCUCUGCAAGUCAUCUAUGGCGUCGAUCUCAACGACACUUCAAUAGCCCAAGAUAAAGUCCAAAGUCUUGUGUCCAACUUUGCCCAAGACAUAAGCCAACACAUGUGGCAAUCCGCUUCAGACGGCCAAGCAUCUUACACCAUGUCAAGAUCAAGCUCAUCCUCCACUCCCUCACAAGACGCUUCCAAUAAUGAUCGACGAGUAAAGCGCAAGAAGCAAGGCAAGCGUGAAGACGAUGGCGAUGAGUUUAGCGACGGCGAAGGCUCCGGCUAUCUACCCACCAAGCGCUCCCGCCCGAACCCCAAGGAUGAUGAGAAUUUGCGUCUUAGCUGUCCUUUCCGAAAGAGAAAUCCUCAUCGGUUCAACGUGAGAGAUCAUCACAGCUGCGCGAUGACAUAUUUUCCCAAAUUUGCUGAGCUUAGACAACAUAUUGUCAAGCAGCAUAAACGCGAUGAUCCCUCAGCUUACGUCUGCGAUCGAUGCAGUCGUGAUUUUCCUACACGAAAGGAACUGCGCGAUCAUCAACGUCUACCAAAAGAGCACAUGUGCGAUAUCGCCGAUGCAGAUGCGGAGAGCGGAAUUGAUCCUCAAACUGCGACGAAAUUGCUGAGCAGAAAACGAGCGAGCGGUACAUCUCCUGAAGUCCAGUGGAGGGAGAUUUGGAACAUUGUUUUCCCAGAUGAUGAUGACGGUGAAGUCCGACCUUAUGAAUACACUCCUGUUAUCGAACACUUCGAAGUAGCAGCCAACUACCAGAUGGCCUUUGAUCAACUCAAACUCUCCCUCGUCGACAAGAUCUCCAACCCUGCCACGCUCGAAACCCUGUCUACGAAAUUCUACCAAUGCUUCGUUGAGACUCUGGAUCAUUGCAUAGCCAACGCGCAAAGCAUGCCCUACACAAACCGAAGUAACAAAAAGAACGAAAUCAUCAGAUCACAAGCUCCACAAAACGUCAUGCAGCGAAAGAGCAGAGAUAUCAUGCCCAGACCUGAUUCUGGUGUGAUACUCGACGAUGGCUCUGAUGAGAGCGUUAGUCUUGGACAUAGAGAUAGCCUAAGAACUGUUCGAAGCGGUGCCGCAGGCCGAGGGAGUCAAGUACCCGAGACAGUCCUCGAGAUCGUGACGCCGACUACCAUGGGUCCCGGUUUCGACGAUCUUAUGCAGCCUUCCAUGCUAGCUAUGGCGAAUGGGACAGACGUACAAGCUUGGAAUAACGGCGUAGUAUAUCCCCAGAUGAUGGCGGAUCAAAUGCUUCCGGCAAAUGGAAUGACGCCUCAGACUGAUUAUAUGAAUUGGGGGCAGAUGUACCCUGGUUUUGAUAAUCUGGGGAAUGGAUUUACGGGAUUUAAUGGACAGCAGUGA